UCGACUCCACCCUCAACAAGCCUACCGAUCAACAAAAGCAUCAAGAACUCACAAACAUGAGCAGGAAGAAGAACCGAGGAAACAAAUCAGCACAGCCAGCAAGCUCAACUUCAAACAUACAAAAUCCGCCGAAAAUCAAAACCAAGUUAAACACCAAUCAGCCAAAGAAAACACGACCGUCCAAACAGAAGCCAGAACCCGUUCAACAAUUCAGCCCAGAAGAUGACAAAUGGCUAGCUAACUACUGGAUCUCAGAACCCGGAAACCGAAAAUUGAAUCCCAAGCAAAAGCCCUCUUUGUCCAACUAUGCUCGUCUCAUUGCCGAUUUCAAGAAUGCUGGGAUGAGUGUGGAGAAGAAUAAGUUAAAAAAUCGAUUCGGCCGUAUCUGUCAGGAAACUUCCGAAUUCUCGGCAGUCUUCAACAAGAUGAAGAAGAUCUCGAUCAGCUUAGGAAAAGACACGCCGGACGCCGAUUUGGUUGAAGUGGCCAAGGAGGACUUCUACUAUCAAACCGGGAAAACCUUCGAAUUCGAGUCGGCCUGGAACGUGCUCCGGAAUCAUCCCAGAUGGAUGAUGCAAGGCAUAGAAAAAUCCGAAAAUCAUUCAAAACCUUCUUCAUCCUCGGCGGCGGCUAAAAACCAGAAAUCGGCGAGUGCAUCCACUCUAGCGCGCCAACGAGAUGUCACUUUUUUGCCCGCUUUACAGGCUCCCACCUCAUCUAAACCACCUCCAAACGCGACCCAGUCAAACGCUCCUUCAGCACAACCCACCCAUCUCAAGCUUACUAGUCCAGAGCGCACCGAACGAUCGUCUACGACAAACCAGUCAAAGGGUACCUCAAAUGCCCCAGAAACAAACAAGCAACUGAUCGAACCCAGGUUCAAACCAAUGACCGAUCCCAGGCCCAAGCAACCGACUGACCCCACGCUCAGACAGCCGACUGACCCCAGGCUCAAACAACCAAAAAUCGAACCCAGGUUCAAACAACCAACAAUCGAACCCAGGUUCCAACAACCAUCCAAUCGGAAGCGUGUAUUCGAUCAAAUAGACGGAGACACAAACCAUUCGAAUGAGACUGAAUCAAAAACACGUGAGAAAAUCGACCAUCCCAGCGAGACUAAACCAAAAACCAGUGAGAAAUCCCAGGCAAGUGAGAGAACGACGACGACAAUAACAACAACAGAACUGGAUCGGAAAGAUCGACCGGGAUCGACGGUGUUGGUGAACGAGACUGAAAUGGAAAGCCAGAAGAUCUCUCGCUUGCAACUCGAGGUCCGACGAAUGGAAGCCGAGACAGAGUACGAACGGAUGCAGGUGGAUAUCAUGGAGAAGGAUGUGUCGACAUGUACGGACGAAUACGAGAAAGAAUUCUUCCUGUUCAAGAAACGCAAGAUUAUCUCGAGCCUCAAAGCGCGUGAAUCCGAGGCCUCCUCUCUUUCGUCUACCCUCGAAUCCUCUCUCGAUCCUUCCAGUACACCUAAAUCUUUUAUUCAGAUCCUCAAAAGCUCGUUCUCCACUGGUAUUCUAUGAUCUCAUUCAGUUUUUUUAGCAGUACCUUAAUCAACAUUUUUUCUAACAAUUUCAAGUCUUUGUUUUAUCUUUCCAAACCAAUCCUUCGGUUUGUUUUUUGUAGUUUUCAUCUCCGUUGAUCUCUGUUUUUAAUCAUGUGCUCAAAACCGCCUCACUUUUUCUAACUGUGGUUUUCCUUCAAUCGAUUACAACCAAGCAUUAUUGUUCCAUUGUAUUUAAAUAAAUAAUUACCCAUCCAUGACAGAGCCAUGGAUUGGAUCCCUGGCUCUAUGUUGUUCGAAGUUGUGGACAAUGUCAAUGUCAAUCAAAAUGUUUCCAACA